AUGGCCUGCCAUCAAGCCCACAACAUUCCGUGGAAUAUCUUGAGCUCAAACUUUAAGUAUUCCUACUGUCAACGCGGGCAUGAAGGCCGAACCAAUCUGUACCCCCUAUUCAAGGAACGUCAGGGGAAAGAGCUGCACUACUUCAUCGAAGCCUUUAGAAAAAACCUUGCUUCUCACGCCGAUGUCGAAUUGCGAAAGUACGAAGACACCGCUGCGGUGUUAGAGCCAGAAGACAUCUUGAUAACAGACGAUGUUAUGAAGCGCAUAAGAUCGACUGUCCAUCACUGCGACAAAGCCGUUUAUUACUUUGAGGAGUUUUCAGAAAAGCCCGGCGUCAUCCCUCCUAGAUAUAGAAAGGCCGGCGCCUUCCUCCAUCCUUCAGAGGAACUGGGAUGGCAAGGCAAAGCUGUUGCCUACAGCCUCGAGUUGUUCAAGCUGCUAAUUUUGUACGGCGAGAUGGGUCCUCUGCAGCACAUCUGCCAACAUCCGCAUGCAAAUUGGGUUGACGCCUGGGAAAAGCACAGAGACGCUUACGGUGACCAGAAUGAGUGCGGCUGGGGCCACGUAGCCACAAUGGCUCUAGAGGCAUACCUGACUCUGAAUUUGCUGCUGUGCUUUCCUCAGUUGUGGGAUGAGGACAGCGGCCGCGACGGAAAGUCGGAUUACCGGAACACAAAGUGCUAUCAACGCAUGCUUAGAGAGUGUACAAUGAGGAAGCUUGCCUCAAACAUCGCUGCGCUUCCACAUCGUCAAUUCUUCGGUAUAACGGAGGGGCAAUUUGACCAAUAUGGGUCCUCGAAGCAUGGAGGGAAGUAUUCCUACAUGCUCGAAGCGAACGGGAGGCGGGAGUAUCCGUACGGCGUGAUGCCGAUUCACGACUUUCUCGAGUUGGAAAGCAGGCCAGCUUAUCAGCCUAAUAUCCCUGACGUUCUUCACGUCCGAUGGUGCCUUUGUGAGCUUGGCCUGCCAACGGAAAUCGCGAUAGAAAUUAUGGAUGCUGCGGGCUACGUGCCUACGAGACGGCUCGAAGAACCUCAUGACCCUCUACAUCCGAGCAAUAGGGAGGAGCUACGGAAGUAUCUCGAUUAUUGCUGGAACAUACUUGUUAGAUGUGAGGUCAUGAGCAGAUGGCUUGGAGACAAAAUACCUUGGGAUAUCAUCGUGUCUAGGACACUGAUAGAAUUAGUAGGCGAGAAGCAUCAUACGCAUGGCACACAUGGAAGAAAGCUGUAUGAGCAGGAUUUUGAGUUGGACGAACGUCAAGGAUUUCGGCAGCAUGAGAUGUGGGUCUACCGGUUUUGUUAG